GUUCCUCUUGCCUUUCUGUUUCUUCAUUACAAUCACCACCGGUCAUCAUCUUCUGCCCCUCUUAUGCUUUAACGUCCGGGCAAUUUUGCAGCCAAGAAAAUCUGUAAUCGGUUUCGCUGAGGAAUUUAAGCAUGGGUGUUUCUGGUGCUUUCAGUUUUGUUGGUGUUCGCAUUUUGAUCUAAUAAGGGUUUAAGGUGGUCUAUGGUACUGCUGAAUAAUGUGACUGGUGUGCUUGGUUCAGGUUUUGAGUUUGUUCAAGGAGUAUCAAGCAUCACAACUUAGUUUCUUGGUGCUGAUCAAUAUGCACCAACUUAGGAAUAGAGCGGGAGAAUUAACGGUCUUGGUUAGAAGCAGUCCGGCUGGCCUCAUUCAAUAUCGAUCUUUGGGAAGGUCGUGUUCCCAACUCGGGUUGUUACAGGAGAGCUCUUACGCGUGUGCGGGUUCCAAUGCUUCGGUGCUCAAGCAGUCUGUGUUGCCAGCAGGGGAUCGUUUUGAGGUAACCAUCAAUGCUGGUGGUGUGGGUCAGUUCGACGCUGGCAGCAGCUGUUGGAGAAAGAUUUCGGCAACAGGGAAUGGUUCGGGCUUACUUUCUAAAGCAAGCUAUGUGCAAUCCCCUGUGAAUUGGCAUACUUCAAGUUGUUUUAGUAUACGAGGAAAGUAUUGGACGGUUCCUUGUUUUGCACGGACAAUUGCAUCCAAUUCAACUUCACAAUCAUCUAGGCAAAACGUGGAUGAGAAGAGAAAAGACAUAUCUACUGUCGAAGACCCUUUUGAUGCUCCAACUUAUAACAUUCCCGAGAAACCAGUUACUUUUACAGAAGGUGCUUCGUACAGCCUUGUAAUUCUUGCUGGGCUUGGUGUAGCAGGAGCUGCUGGCUAUGCAGUAUUCAAGGAGCUUAUUUUUGAGCCCAAAGAGUAUAAAAUUUUUGGGAAGGCACUUGAGAGAAUUCAGAAUGACAGUCAGGUUAGAGUCAGAAUUGGCUCUCCAAUCACUGGCUACGGUCAGGAAAGCAGGAAUCGAGCUGCCCGACAACGUAUUCCAAAUAGAGCAUGGACUGAUGAAGAUGGUGUUGAGCAUAUGGAGGUCAAUUUCUACAUCCGUGGACCUCAUGGAGCUGGCAAGGUCUUCGCUGAAAUGUUCAAAGAUAAAACUGAUAAGAGCUGGAAGUUUACAUAUCUGAUUGUUGAGAUUACAUCUCCUACACGCACCCAGUUGAUGCUCGAGUCCUAUGUUCCAGCAUAAGUUGAAGGCCAACAACCGUUUGCAGGACGUGCUGUGCUGCUAAUCGCUUUAUUCAAACUAAUGUUGUCUCUGCACUCUUCUGCAGCAGAAAUUCAGGAAUAAGAUUCUUUAUUGCGCUCUUGCAGCUGUUUGGCUGUAUGUUGUCAAGAGGUAGAAGGAUUUGAUGCCAAUCGUGUUGGUAACAAGUCUUGAAAAAGAAGGUUGAGGACGUCCAACAUGGUUCAGCUUGGCUUGUCAGGCAAGUCCUAAAUGAGCAUUAUCAUCACUAUUUUUUUUUGCGCUGCUUUUCUUUGAAAUGGAAAAUAUGGUUGCAUGAAGAGGUGUUUUGAUUUUGUAUUCCUAAUAGAGUAAACCAGACAUUAUAGACCA